AUUAUGUUAUUGUUAUGUUGAGAUUUGGUCAUCUUAUUGUUCAACCUUAGAUGUGACUCCGUUAUCGAUCAUAGCUUGGAUGGAAAAAUUCCUUUCCAUCUUUCUUCCUAUCUUCCUUUUCUCUUUCUUUCUGAGAUGUUAUUCUACAUUUCCUAUACUACUUACGCGAUAGAAUUGAUUGACUGAUUGAUUCAAAUUCUAUACUUCUGCCUUCCUCCUCUCCGAGACAUAUUUCUUCUUCCCCGCGGUUAAGAAUCCCCCGCGCACCUCACUUCCGCGCUCCUCACUGGUCCUCGGUACAACAAGCGCAUCGCAUCCGACCAACCAAGCAAAGCAAGCAGCCAGUCAAUUCGUUAUCAAAAGCCUCGUCUGCACCUCCUCCAAAAUGUCUCUCCACCGCAGCAUUACCUCUUCAUUCUUGCGCAGCGUUCCUCGUACCUCAAUCUUCGUACCUCGAUUCGGCAGCGCCAUUACUCAUUCGCGCACCAUGGCUUCAGCUACCUCUUUCCAGAAAAUCAAAGUCAAGAAUCCAAUUGUGGAGCUUGAUGGCGAUGAAAUGACGAGGAUUAUUUGGAAGGAUAUUAAGGAUAAAUUUAUUCAUCCUUAUCUGGAUGUUGAUUUGAAAUAUUAUGAUUUGGGUUUGGAGUAUAGAGAUGAGACGAAUGAUCAGGUUACUAUUGAUGCCGCGGAGGCUAUUCAGAAGUAUUCCGUUGGUGUUAAGUGUGCUACUAUUACCCCGGAUGAGGCUAGAGUUAAGGAAUUCAAUUUGAAGCAGAGUGAGUUGAUUUCUUUAGUCCGUGUGGAUCUGCGAGGAUGAGGAUGAAUUAGAGAAGCUAAUAAAGUGUCAACUAGUGUGGCUCUCACCUAAUGGAACCAUCCGUAACCAUCUUGGCGGUACAGUCUUCCGCGAACCUAUUGUCAUUCCUCGUAUUCCUCGUCUCGUUCCUGGUUGGAAGAAACCUAUUAUCAUCGGUCGUCAUGCAUUCGGAGAUCAAUACCGCGCAAAAGAUAUGGUUGUUCCAGGUCCAGGUACCCUUACCAUGACUUUCACACCUGAAGGCGGCGCACCCACCGAAACUGUUGUCUAUAACUUUAAAUCAGGAGGAGGAGUUGCUCAAACUCAAUAUAAUACUGAUGAAUCCAUUAGUGGAUUUGCUCAUGCUAGUUUCAAGUUGGCUCUUAAUAAGGGAUUACCUUUAUAUAUGAGUACUAAGAAUACAAUUUUGAAAAAGUAUGAUGGAAGAUUCAAGGAUAUCUUUCAAGAGAUUUUCGACAAGGAAUAUAAGCCUCAAUUUGAUGAGAAGAAGAUUUGGUAUGAACAUCGAUUAAUUGAUGAUAUGGUUGCGCAAAUGAUGAAGAGCUCAGGCGGUUAUGUUAUGGCUUUGAAGAGUAUGUUACCCCUCUUUUUUUCAAACCAGUACAAUAACUAACUUUAUGAACAAUAGACUACGAUGGAGAUGUUCAAUCCGAUAUUGUAGCUCAAGGUUUUGGUUCCCUUGGUCUCAUGACCUCAGUCCUCAUCACCCCUGAUGGAAAAACAUUUGAAUCUGAAGCCGCUCAUGGAACCGUCACUCGUCACUACCGCGAACAUCAAAAAGGUAAUCCUACCUCCACCAACCCUAUCGCAUCAAUCUUUGCUUGGACAAGAGGUCUCGUUCAAAGAGGUACUUUAGAUAAUACACCCGAAGUCGUUGCUUUCGCAGAAAGUUUAGAACAAGCUUGUAUAGAUGUAGUUGAUAAGGAGGGAAUCAUGACGAAGGAUUUAGCAUUAGCUUGUGGAAAUACAGGAAAGGAUGAUUAUGUUACUACUGGGGAGUAUUUGGAAGCAGUAGAGAAGAGGAUGAAGGGGCUUUUGAAGGAGAAAUUGUAGAUGGUUGUAAGAGAUGUGGGGUAUUUGAUUUUAGGGAAGGUUGUAAGAGUGAUGGUGGAUAAGGAUGAAAAAAUGGUUAGACCAUAUAUCGAUUUAUAUCGAUUCAUAUCGCAUGGUUUUUGAUGAGCGGUUGCAAAAUUUGUUACUUGGUUACUUGAAUUGCAUUUCCUGGAGCUGUUGCCUGGCUGUGGUAGGUAGGAUGGCUAGUUCUUCCUAAAUAUCCCUUUGAUACCUAUGUCGAGUUGGUGAGCGUAGGCUGGGCUGGUAAGCUAGCAUGUAAGUAAGCAAGCAGGCAAGCAAGAAGGCAAGCAUUAGUUUUGGCGUGUAUAUUUUGA